AUGAACGAGGAUCUUCAAAGGGACAACACUGACCUGCCAUUUUUACUGGCAGGAUAUGGAAUUUACCUGAUUAGUGAAGUGAAAGUUUUAUUAGGAGAGGAAAACACAGAUGGCAAUCAGGAAUUAUUUCCCUGUGAAGUCUGUGGAAGACGCUUUGCAGCAGAUGUUCUGGAAAGGCAUGGACCAAUAUGUCGAAAACUCUUCAACAAAAAACGCAAACCUUUCAAUUCCUUAAAACAAAGAUUACAAGGCACUGACAUUCCCACUGUGAGGAAAGCGCCUCAAUCCAAGCCUCAACCCGUGAGGAAAGCUAACUGGAGACAACAACAUGAAGACUUCAUUAAUGCAAUUCGAUCAGCGAAGCAGUGUACACUAGCCAUUAAAGAAGGCCGACCUCUUCCACCUCCACCCCCUCCCACCAUUAACCCAGAUUAUAUUCAAUGCCCAUAUUGUAUGAGGAGGUUUAAUGAAAAUGCAGCAAAUCGACAUAUCAAUUUCUGCAAGGAUCAAUCUUCUCGUCGAGUCUUUGAUCCAGCCCAGACAGCAGCCAAGUUGGCAUCCAGAGCCCAGGGUAGGGUGCAGAUGAGUCCGAAGAAAGAACCGACGGUAACCAGUGCCGUGGGUGCUCUGCUACAGAACAGGGCCCUUGAGUCCACGAGUGUGGUCCCACCCAAACCAGGAUUAGCAGUGGACCCUGCUUCUGGAGCAAAACUCAGACAAGGAUUUACUAAAUCUUCUAAAAAAGAUUAACUCCUAGAGGCCAGACUGGGUCCCUGAAACUCAUCAGCCUGGAUGGCUCCGCACCCAGUAUUGCACCUCGGUACAUGUCUGUUUACACAACUAUGAUUCCUCUUGAGACAUCAUGUGUAACAAGUAAAAACUAGCUUCAAAUUUUCUUAUUUACUUCCUUCAAAAUAUUCAAAACAAAAUCGUUAAACGACACAUUAACCUGUGUGAUAAUGCUUGAUUUAAAGAUGCACUUGAAGCAUUUUUCUAAUUGGACAUUUAAUAGGCUUUUCAAGAAAAUGUUGCUUUGAUAUUAGAAAUUUUUAGAGAAAGUCUUUGGAAUGCUAACAUUAUUUACUUAAUAAGAAAAUCAUUUUUUACUUAGCUUCAUUCUACAUACUGGCCAUGAAAUCCCAACUUUGCUAUUUGCUCCUAAAAAGCAUUAAACUAUCAAUAGUAAUGA